AUGUUGCAGUAUCCCGUCCAGCUUCCCCCGCUUUCUCUUACGUCCUCCAAGCGAACGCCCCUCAUCCGCAGGGACACAAGUGACGACUUUCAGAAUGGAUCUCUGACCCACAAGCGCGCGUUCAACGACAAGCUUGUGCCUUCCCGUCCCUCCCAUCAUGUAGUUCCUAUUCACGUUUCCACUGCUUUCUCAACCGCUUCGUCUCCCGCAUCCACUCCCCCCUCCUCCCCCUCCCCCAAUCCCCGCGUAUCCAACAAGCACGUCCCACGCUCUCCCUUGAUCUCUUCGUCGCGCAAGCUGCCCAGCCCGGCCCCUCGCUCGCCACACCCGCUCAAGUCCAAUCUCUCCUUCGACGACAAGUCUUUCGGCUCGUCGUCCUCGUCCGUGGUCGUGGACAUCCUCUCGCAAGGCGACCUGGUCGGGGAAGGCCUUUCCCUCCAGGGCGAGACGAUCGCGCGGGUCCCCAUCAGCUCAUCUGAGCCGCGGGCCGACCACGAUGAACCGGCGAAGGAGUUCGAGGUAGUCCGUACGCUUGGCACCGGAAGUUACGCUGUCGUAUACCUCGUGCGUGAGGUACUGUUGCGCCCUGGUUCUCCCCCCUCGGAUGAUGAGCACGGUGUCGCUGUUACUGGAAGCAUGGAAAUGGAUGAUGACUACUUCGCUCGCCACCGCGCUGUUGAAUAUGGUCGCGAAUACGCUGUCAAAGUGCUGUCCAAGGCUAACCUUGACCGGGACGCUCUGGACGCACAGUUGUUCGAGGCCACCAUUCAUCAGUCCCUCCCCGCUCACCCAAACAUCGUCACCUUACAUCGCACACUCGAGACUCCUUCCUUUUUGCUUCUCCUACUCGAGUUUGUGCCAGGUGAAGAUCUCUUUUACUUCUUGGAACAGGCCCGCGACCACUAUGAAGUCGACCCCAUGGCCUCGGACCCCUCGACGACUCCGCCUUCAGAUUCGAGUUGCAGCACUUCUCACACCCCUUCGAGUCCGAGUCUGCUCUCGUCUCUCGCACCGUCGCAGCUCCUCUCACGCACCCGCCUGCGCCUCAUCGCGUCGAUGUUCUCUCAGAUGUGUGAGGCUGUGGCGGUGUGCCACGACCACUCUGUCUUCCACCGGGACAUCAAGCCGGAGAACUUCAUUGUUACAGACGGGUGGACGACGCUCCCCGACGGGCGGCGCGAGCGCAAGGUCGUCGUCAAGCUUACUGAUUUUGGACUGUCCACUACGGAUACCGAUUCCGCCGACAUGGAUUGCGGUAGCGCUCCUUACAUGAGUUUCGAAUGCCGAAAUAACCUACACCCUACUUAUUCUCCCCGUGCUGCCGACGUCUGGUCACUUGGUAUCGUGCUUAUCAAUAUGUUGUACCACUACAACCCCUGGACGGAUGCUGCCGAGGGUGCGUGCGGGUCCUUCGAGGCGUUCCGCCAGGCACCGGUCUCAUUCUUUAUGACCCGGUUCACUGGUAUGACCCUCUCUGUCGCCGAGUUCCUCGCGACGAAGGUCUUCUGUCUCCUCGACGGCCCACGCGACAGUGGCAAGCGUAUCAGCGCACGUGCGUUUGGCAUCUGGGUGCGCGACCUGCCCACGCUCCUGGUCGGUGAGAAGCCCGGCCACGCACGGACUGUCUCCAUAUCCUCUGUCCACGGCUACCGCCUUUCGUCGAUUCCGCACUCGCGUCGCCCUUCGCUUCGGAGCGUCACGCCCAUCGACAUGUCUGGGUCCCAGCGUGCGUCUCGAUCGAUGUCCCGGGCGCCCUCAAUCGUCUCUCCCCUCGCUUCAUCCGCAGCCGAGACCUCCAUGCUCUCCACAGUUCCGGACCAGGAGAACGAAGAGCAGGAUCAGGAUGAACAAGACGCCAUGGGGCGCACCGCAAGUGGCGCAGCGAGCUCGCGCUCGGUGUCUACCCAGAAGCGCCGCAAGCGUGGUGCCCGCAAGGGCAAGGGCGCAGCGCUGUCGCCUACAAACCCGCAGGACGUCACCCUCAACACGCUCGCGGAGGCCUCCCAGUCACUGGCGCGCGAGAUCAGCCGUACCUCCCGCCAUUCGCAGGGCGUGUCCACCUCGGGCAGGCCCCGGCACUCCGAUGCCACUGCACCCGCCAUCAUCCCCCACAUCCUCGUGCCCCCCUACCCGCUGUCAUCAUCCGCUAUGGCAUCUACCACCUCCUUCCCGGCCUCAACGAUCUCGAAGAAGCCGUCGAAGUGGAAGCUCUCCUUCGGCAAGGCCAGCAGCGCUGGCGUCAAGGUCCCAUCCGUCGAGGAGAUGCCUUCGGACGCGGGCAACGGCGGCCCUCUCAACACAUCCAGCAAGUCGAUGUCAUCCACCGCAAGCAACGUCACCAACUUGCUCAUGAGUCUCAACGCACCACCCGCGACAUCGUCGACCUCGAAGCCCGAGAUCGAGGAGAUGGGCAACUGGAGCCACCGCGGUCGCCCCACGAAGAACCACCCGUACGGCCAGAACGCGGGCAACAGCAGUACAUGGGGCCCGUCUUCGAGCUCUGUGUUCUCUGCCAACGGCACUCCCGAGCGCCGCGGCCCGUACGGCGCUGACCAGCGAUCUCAGCGUGCGGUGUCGCCGGCGAGCAAGCGCGGCGUCUCGCCGACGAGCACGCGCAGCGGACGGCCCCUUGCGUCCAGCGCGAGCUCGAUGGCGUCGUCGAACUGGCGUACCUCAAUGUCCAGCGCGGGCACGUCGACGUCGGCGUUCACGAAGUACAGCAACGGCAGCACACGCAGCGUGUCGACGGCGGCGACGAGCCUGUCGUCCGGCAGCUGGCGCAGCAACUACACCGGCGCGAGCAAGUACUCCUCGGGUAGCGAGAACAGACCGGCUGGCAUGCCUGCCAACAUCAAGUUCGUUCAGGGCACGCCUUGGGAGAUCGACCAGAUGGCUCCUCACAUGCCCCGCAAUCCACGCCACGAGGUAGACAACAGGUACGGUGGCCCUCCGCCGCGCAAUCCUCGUCGCACCAAGCCGGCGGAGUCUGGCCUGGAUACCAUCAGCGAGCGUCCGCAUAUCAAGCCAGCCAGCCCCAGGAUGGAUGCUGCGACGAGCACGACCGACCUCUCCGGGCAGCGCGAGCGCUACGAUGGGGAGGGAAGUGCCGAAGGCGACCAAGAUGGUCCGCGCAAGGUGCAGAAGGGCCAGAUCAAUGCGUUGGCGAAGAUGUUGUCCGCUUUGCGGCGGUGA